UUCUUCCACCAAUCUUUUUCCAGGAACACUCAUAAUGGCCGAGUCUGCAAGCAACACCGGUUCAAGAAAGCUUAUUCAGAUUGAUGUGAGCUCGGAUUCGGUGUGUCCAUGGUGCUUUGUGGGCAAGAAGAAUCUUGACAAAGCCAUUGAAGCAUCUAAAGAUCAAUACAACUUUGAGAUUCGAUGGCGUCCGUUUUUCCUUGAUCCAUCUGCACCGAAAGACGGUGUGAGUAAGAAAGAGUUUUAUAGACAGAAAUAUGGAAACAGAUAUGAAGGAAUGUUCGCCAGAAUGUCCGAGAUCUUUAAAGGUCUUGGCUUAGAGUUUGACACAGCCGGUCUCACAGGCAACAGUCUGGAUAGUCAUAGACUUAUACAUUAUACCGGUAAACAAGCGCCGGAAAAACAACAUAAGCUUGUUGAGGAAUUGUUUAUCGGUUACUUCACGCAGGGAAAGUUCAUCGGUGACAGGGAGUUCUUGGUUGAGACGGCUAAAAAGGUUGGGAUAGAAGGAACAGAAGAAUUCCUCUCAGACCCCAACAAUGGACUCACAGAGGUGAAAGAAGAACUGGCAAAGUAUUCGCGAAAUAUCACCGGAGUUCCAAAUUACACUAUCAACGGGAAGGUGAAAUUGAGUGGUGCGCAACCGCCCGAGACAUUCCAGAGUGCGUUUAAAGCGGCCUCAGCUUGAAACACCAAAACUCAAGAGUUGUUGAAGUUUUACAUCUAUGGAGAUUGUCUGUUUCUGUUGUUUGAACUUUAGUUAUUGACUUUUCAAGAAGUUGGUGUAAUAAAUUACUAAAACAGAUUUGUUCUGUGAUGGUUUUGUCUAAUAAUUCAGAGAAGUUGAU